AUGGCGACGAUGACGCAGGAGAGGAUGAGCGAGAUCGCAGCCCAGCUGCAGGGCGAAGCCUCCCCCAGGGCCAAGCUCGCUGCGAUCACGGAGGUCAAGGACAUGCUCGAGAUCGUGCACACCGCGGACUGCGACGCGUUCCUCCGGACGCUCCUCCCGCCCAUCUGCGGCCUGCUCGCCAGCGUGCCUGCGCUCGUGUCGCCCACGGGAGGCGCGGUCCCUGCGGCUGCGCCGGCGGGCCCCGGCGCGGGCGGGGCGGACGCGUCGUCCGGGCCGGACGAGCGCUACGUGGGCCACUGGAUCCGCUCCCUCGCGCUGGAGAUCCUGCACCGGAUUCCAACCAGCAGCGAAGCCCUGAAGCUUCACAUCGGCGACAUCCUGCGGUCGUGCUGCGACGCCCUCGCGAACGACAACGAGGUCAACGGGCUGAUGGCGGUCCGGAUCGUGUUCGACUUGCACAAGAAUUUCAGACCUGACGACCCGAGUUUCGCGCUGCAGUUUCUGCAGUGGACUGCGCAGGCGUACCGCGAGUUCCACGCCGCGUACACGCACCACGAAAGCAUCGUGGCCGAGGGCGGCGCUGCGACGGCCCGCGCGUCGCGGGAGCGCGCGCCCACGGACCUCGUGGCGGCGGCCAAGUCGACCCGCGUGUUGUCGGAGUGCCCGGUCAUCAUCAUGUUCUUCCACCAGCUCUACAAGAACCUCCAGACGCCCAUCCGCGACAGCGCGCGCAUCUUCCUGGACGCGGUGUGCCUGCGCGUGCCCGCCGGGCAGCGCCCCGACGCCACGCCGCAGUCCGAGCACGUCGCCGCGGACUUCAAGGGCGUGCAGGUCAAGACGCUCUCGUUCCUCACCUUCCUCCUCAAGCAGUACCCCGCCAUGUUCGCGGAGCGCCACAAGGACAUUUGCGACGCGGUGGUGUACAUGCUCGAGACGUGUCCUGACUCGAUCCAGGUCCGGAAGGAGCUCCUGAUCGCGACGCGGCACAUCGUGAACGACAAGGGCUCCCCGGGCCUGCACGCGUCGUUCUUCCCGCACGUCGCGACGCUCAUGAAGGAGACGACCCUCCUGGGGUGUUUCGCAAAAGAACUCCCCCACGCGACGUCCUCGGGGCUGCUCCCGCUCGCGUACAGCCUCCUCGCGGAGAUCGUGCACUACAUGCGGGAGGAGCUCACCUUCGACAUGAUCGUCGCCAACAUCUGCCUGUUCGAGGGACACGUGCACACUCUCACCAUGACCAUCUCGAUCCAGAGCACGUGCAUCCGGCUGCUGCUCAACCUCGUGCAGACGCUCUUCCACCUGCGCCAGCCCGGGGCCACGGACCCCGAAGCGCAGCGCCGCCACACGCGCGGCCGCGAGCUCAUUCAGUCGGUCUUCAAGUGCUACCUGGGGCGCAUGUCCGCGCUCGCGCAGCGGACGCCCGCGCUCCUGGACGAGGCGCGCAAGGAGCGCGAGGUCGGCGGCGCGAUCCGCGCGCGCCUCCAGAAGGACGCCGAGCUCAGCGUGAAGCCGUGGGUGCUCAAGCGCAAGCCCGCGGGCGCGGGGCCGGCGGGCGGCGGGGGCGACGGCGCGGGGCCCGGAUCGACGACGGACGUCAAGAUGGACGAGGGCGGCGAGGCUGGGCCCGAGCAGCCCGCGGCGCCGGCCCAGGCGGCGGCGGAGGCGUGCGGGGACACCCCCGGGGACGCCGCGCCGCCGGCGAAGCGCGCGCGGACCGACGAAGGCCCCGCGGAGGCGCCCCCGGCCGCGGACGACGCAGGCAGCGCGCCCGCGCAGGCGCCGGACCCGCAGCUCGCGUCGGACGAGUCCGCGCCGUACACCUACGACGUCACCGAGGAGCCCCUCCACCUGCACAUGCAGCCGCCGAGCGACCGGCUGCGGGAGCUGAAGGACUCGAAGACGCUGCUGAACGUCCUGAUGCAGUCGUCGCGCACGAUCGUGUUCGUGCUCCUGCACUACGAGACCCCGAAGCACGCGCCGGGCGCGGCGCCAGAGCCCCCGGGCCCGCGGGACCCUGCGCGGGACCGCGCGCUGGUGCACAUGCUCCGGCGGCUGCUGCGGCUCGCGCUGAAGAGCUUCCCGCUGAUGUGGGAGUCGGAGCCGCAGGUGUCGGCGUCGCAGCUGCACGACCGGUUCGUAGACCUGGUUUCGGUUCUUCCGCCGCAACACUUCCUGGAUGUCUUCAGCGGGAUCGCGGCGGACCUGUUCGACGCGUUCAUGUCGUGCGACCGCGCGCUGCACCUCGCGCUGCAGCUGGCCACGCACGAACAGAACGACGUCUGUCAGAGUUUCGCAGAUAUCUUUCUAGGGUAUCUGUUGCACAACAAACUCGACAAGCUGGGGGGCGGGGAGGGCAAGGACGCCGACAAGACCCGCGCGGACGGCAAGCCCGACGACGCCCCGGCCGCCGAGGGCGAGAAGGGACCUGAGCGCGACGGCAACAAGGGAAAUCGCGACUCGGAGCCCGCCAACAAGGCCCAGGACGACUCCGACGCCGCACGCAAGCCCGGCGCCGCACGGCCCGCGCCGACCGAGUCCGAGCGCGUCCUGCGCCUCUUCCACCUCAUGUUCGGCGCGAUGAAGCACCGCGGCGGCCUCAUUCACCCGGUCCUUGUGCCGCGCCUCCCCAUGCUGGUCCGCGCGUGCCUGGCCGCGAUCGUGCACCACCCGGACCCCUCCGGGCACCUCGAGCUCCUCCGCUCGUGCUUCAAGGUCCUCCAGCCGCGGCCGUACGAGGGCGUCGUCGCAGUUCUGGAGCCCAUGUUGCCGGAGAUCAUCGGGACGUUCGAGCUGAUGCUGGACACCCCCCCGCGGCGGUUCUCGCGCGAGCAGAUCGUGGAGCUGAUGCUCGCGAUCCCCGUGCCGCUCGCGACGCUCGUGCCGUACCUCGGCACGCUGGUUCGGCCGCUCAUGGCCGCGCUCAAGAGCCGCGAGGACGGGUUGCUGACUCAGGGGCUCAAGGCGCUCGAGCUGUGGAUCGACAACGUCAACCCGGACUACCUCGACCCGCAGAUGGUGCCGCACCACGCCGAGCUCGUCACCACGCUGCACCAGAUGCUGCAGCCCGGACAGGUCAACUUCAGCGCCAAGGCCCUGCAGAUCCUCGGAAAGCUCGGCGGACGCAACCGGCGCGUGUGCGGCGAGCCGUACGCGCUCGACUACCGCAAGUACCCCGACCACGGCCUCCGGCUCAUCCUCUGCCUCGAGCCGCAGACGUCGUUCCUGUUCCCGCUCGACCGGUGCAUGCACCUGGCGUACCAGGCGAUCACGAAGGCGCCGCUGCCGUUCACGUCGCCGCGGAUCCCCGGGCGCUCCGCGCACCAGCGCCGCCAGGCGGCCCGCUUCGUGCGCGCGUGCAUGGCGCGCGUCCUCAACCUGCAGGACCCUGCCGAGUCGUCGCUGCCCGGCGAGCCGGUCGACAAGCUGCGCGACGCGCUCUUCGGGGACUUCGGCGCGCCGCAGCUCCCGGACGGCAUCUCCGCGUCCAACAUGGGCGUCAAGACGAAGGUGCAGCUGGGAGCCGAGAUGAACACCGUUCUGCAGGCGCUGGCGGCGCUGCUGAUCGCGGCGGCGGACCCGGAGCUGCGCGACGAGACGUGGCCGUUCCUGCGCGGCCUCGCGCGGCACGUCGCGCUGCUGUUCGUCUCCUGCGAGGUCCACGACAAGCAGGGCUGCGGGUUCCGCAACGACCCCCGCGUCGCCGAGGAGCCCAACCAGGCGGUCAUCCGGCUGUGCGAGAUCCCGCCGAGCAUCUUCCUCGAGGCGCUCGCGGUGCAGCUGGGGUCCGCGGACAAGGCGCGCCGGAAGGUCGCCUUGGAAUGCGUCGAUGUGUUCCUGGCGUCGCUGCUGACGUUCCAGGCGGCGACGAAGGAGCACGGGCUCCCGAAGGAGGCCGGCGACGCCGAGGGCGACGCGCAGGGCGGCGACCCGAUGGACGUCGACGCGACGAGCCCGGCUGACAAGAGCGCAAAAGCGCCCCGGGGGGGUGGCGGGGCCUCCAGCGGCGCCGGCGCUGUCGACCCGUCGACGCACCCGUUCGGCCCCGCGCUCGGGUGCCUCCUCGCGGAGAUCAACAAGAUGCUGCACAGCUCGGAGCCGUGCGUGCUCAUGGGCGGCGUCGACGCGCUCUCCGUCGUGUGCUCGCACGCGCUCCCGCGGCACGUGCUGCACGAGUGGGUGUGCCGCACGCUGCGCGCGCUCUUCGGCGCGAUCGAGCAUCUCCCGUCGAUCGCCACGGCCGAGGCCGCGGCAGUGCGUGCGACGGUGCGGCGGUGGCUCGGCGUCUGCAUCGGGGCGCGCGUGCCCGAGUGGCGGCCAGUGUCGGCGAUCGUCCGCGAAGCCACGCGCGGCGCCGGCACCGCGUACGGCGUGCUCGGCUUCGCGACGUCCGCGGUCGGCGAGGCGUACGCCGGCGACGACGCCGCGACGCCGGACGAGCAGACGAUGGACGUCGACGGCGGCGCGGUCGCAUCGCCCGGGGACGCGGCUGGCGCGCCCGCGGAGGUCGACCUGCCUGCGAACGUGCAGGAGGAGCUCAUGAAGACGCUGUCCUUCGUGUGUCUCCCCCGCAACGCGAUGCGCGCCCUCUACUCGCAGCACGUGCAGCUGUGCGGGAUGGAGGCGCUGACGGGGCUCGCGGCGGCGCUCGGCACGACGGUGCAGGACCUCAUGGGCCGCACGCAGACGGGCCAGCCGGCGCGCAGCAAGGACGCUGGCGACAAGGACGGCGGGCGCGCCGACAAGCGCUCCCUGCACGACUUCGUGGGCUCGAUCCUCAACCGGCUCGUCGGCCGCGGCCUCCUGGCGCAGAUCGGGCGCGUGACGUCCGUGUGGUUCUGCCUCGAGGUCUCGCCGAUGCUCCUCGGCGCGGAGCAGGCCACUCCGCUCCUCCACUUCUUGUCCGAGGUGCUGCUGCUGCUCGAGGCGCCGGACUCGCUGCACGCGCAGCGCGAGGACCUGCCGUUCACGCAGGCGCAGCUCCUCGACGGGCCGAUCACGCAGCUCCGCGCCGCGUGCCUCCGGCUGCUCGCGCCCCUGCUGGAGAAGAUCAGCGAACCUGAGCUGGCCCCGCUGCGCGCGGCGCUGCAGAGCCCCGCGCCGCCGCCGGAGGCGCCGCCCGCGCAGCACCUCGUCUCGCGCGACGCCGCGGCGCGCCCGCUCGACCAGCGCAUCGCGAUCACCCUCCUGCACCACCUGAGCAGCCACAAACCCCUCGAGGCGGCCGCGGCGCGCACGGCCGUGCGGCACCUCAACAAGCUGGGCCUCGGGCGCGACUCGAUGCACCACGCGCUCGAGCUCGUGCUGAACCCGCUCGGGUCGCACCGCACGCUCAGCCUCCCGCUGCUGCGCGGGAUGGCGCACCUGCUCGAGGUCUUCCCGCACUGGUUCUCCCCGAAGCUCGGCGUGAAGCUGCUCGACCACCUCGAGAAGUGGAUGCACCCGGAGAAGCUCCAGGACAUGCCGCACGCGCGCGGGCCCGUGCAGGACCCCAUGAUGCAGCAGGUGCCCCCCAAGGCGUGGCGGACGGGCGAGGAGACGGCUGUGGGCGUCGCGCUGGUCGACCUGUUCCACCGCCUGCCCGGCGAGCAGGCGGCCGCGCUCCUGCAGUCCGCGGACAGCCGCUGCGGCUUGGUUGUCGUGCUGAUUCAGGUCGAACAGGCACUGAACCGCCAGGGGCUGCACAUCCCGAGCGAGGAGCCGUCGCCGUACCGGAGGCCGCUGAUCAAGUUCCUCGCGCGCCACCACAAGGAGGCGCUCGAGUACUUCCUCAACCCGCGCCGUCUGCACGACCCGACGUACUUCAGGCUCCUGGUCGAGAUUGCGCGGUCGCCGAAUGGCAAGGGGUUCCUGGAGCACCUCGCCGCGCACCCGAAGCAGCUGCUCGUCGCCACGGGCCUCGCGGAGGCGGCGCCGGGCGACGCGGAGCGGGGCGCGGGGCGGGCCUCUUCCUCGGCGCACCUGGACGGUUCGGCGGCGGCAGCGGCGGCGGCGGGGAGCCCCGGCGUGUCGGGCUGGUCCGGGCCGCCGGGCAGCAAGGAGCAGUCCGCGCAGCACCCGGGCGCGCUGCUCGCGUCGGCGCCCGCGGACAUGCAGCCGCCGUCGGCGGCGCAGCUGCCGGUGGUGCGAGCGAACGGCGUGCGGCUCAUCACGUGCAUCGCGCAGCAGAAGCCCGGGUGGCUGCCUGCGCACCCGGAGGUGCUCGCGGCGCUGAUGCAGCGCUGGGAGGGCGCGGACAUCCAGAGUCUGCUCGUGCGUUCGCACGAUGCUGACCUCAUGGGGCCCGGGGGGGUUCCGAGCUUCCUGUCGGACCUGACGGUGCAGGAGGUCCGCGGGAUCGCCAAGUGCAUGGUCAACGUGCUGCGGCACCGCCGUGCGGACCCCGACGGCCACGUCAUCGAGCUCGCGCGGCUGCUGCACGUGGUGUGUCCGGGGUCGUUUGCGUUCGUCGAGACGCUGGUCAGCGAGGAGAUCCCCGGGACGUGGCCCGUCGAGAGCCUGACGCAGGUCGUCGAGUCGUUCACGGCGACCUUCCGCAACGUCGUCGCGCCGCUGCACGCCGCCUCUGCGCGGGGGGGGCUCCCCGCGGAGCAGCGCGAGGAGUACCGGCAGCGCGAGCUGCACAUGUCGAUCGUGCUCGACAAGGUCGUGCUCCCGAUCGUGCACAAGGGCGUCGAGCGCGGCGUCCUGGACCAGAUCUUCACGGACAGUUGCAUCCAACACCUCCUGUCCCACGUGCUCGCGGUGGACUCCGCGGACGGCGCGGCGACGCCGGCGUCGGCGGCCACGCAGGACACGGCGCCGGUGGUGCCCGGCGCGCCGCGGAGCCCCUCGGGCGCCGACAGCUACAGCGACGGGCUCAUGGUGUCCCUGCUCGAACUCGAACGCCUCGUGAUGCAGCACCUCGGGCAGCGCGUGUACGACUACCGCAAGGAGCUCAUCAAGCUGUGCUGGAACCACCUCAAGCGCGAGGACUGCCUCGUCAAGUACCAGGCCUUCCACACUGUGGCGCAGUUCUUGGCGGUCAUCGACACACCGGAGAAGGUCGGGCUGCAGGUGUUUGUGGCGCUGCUGCGGGCGGCCCAGUCCGACGGCCGCGCGUACGUCCGCAGGGCGACGGACGUGCUCCUCCCGCGGCUGCGGCGCUUGGAGGACCGCGCCGUGCGGGAGCGCCGCGCGGACGGCGGGCCGAGCGAGAGCGGCGGCGGGGACGACGCGACCGGCGCGCGGUCCGGCGGGGAGCGCGCGGCGCAGUACCCGAUGUGGGUGCGGUGGACGAAGCGGAUCGUGCUCGAGGAGGGCCACUCGCUGCCGUCGAUGAUUCAUGUGUGGCAGUUGGUGGUGCGGCACUCGGACCUGUACUACGAGGCGCGGUACCACUUCAGUCCGAUGAUGGUCAACUCGCUGUCGCGCCUCGGGCUCCCGACGAACUCGCCGAUCGAGAACCGGAAGCUUGCGAUUGAUAUCGCGGGGGUGUUUAUUCACUGGGAGACGCGGCACCGGCGGGAGGUGGCCGCGCAGCGCGAGGGCGGCGCCGCGGAGGGCGAAGUGCGCGCGAAGUCGUUCAAGCCGGACGUCGAGGCGGGGAUGUCGUCGAUGGUCGUGAAUUUCCUUCUGCGGAUGUGCUUCUUGGCCAUGUCUGACUUCGUGCAGCGCAGCGAGGGGAAGAAGGAGUACCAGAUCAUGUACCACCACACCCUCGCGCUCCUCACGCGCGCGCUCCAGCUCUGGCCCAACACCAACGUCAAAAUGACGUACCUCGAGAAGCUGCUGCGGAACGACCUGGAGAAGAGCUACAAGGACGACGACGCGCGCGCGCAGGUCGCGCCGAACCAGAUGGCCGCGCUCGACAUCCUCCUCCGCCUCGUCGGCAUCGCGGGCGCGACGGGCGUGUACGCGGUCGCCGAGCAGCUGGCGUAUCUCCUGCGCUUCACGAUCAGCAACACGCGCAGCGAGGCCGUCGUGGACAAGCUGUGCGACGUCCUGCGGCUCGUGUUCCACCACAUCGACGUCCCGCAGCUCGCGCAGCACCCGCAGGGGUACCUGGUGGUGAAGGGCAUCAAGGAGAUGCUCGCUGUUGCUAUCCAGAACGCGCAGAGGACGCUGGAGAAGUUCAUCCACAACACGGAGCAGCCCGGGAUCAAGGCGCAGCUAGAGGCCAACUUCUCAAACUGCUGCAACGCAGUCAAGGUCAUGGAGGUCCUCAACGAUGCUCACAUGGAGUCUGCGCAGAACAUCCUGCCCAUGUUGCUCAAGCUGCUGAACUACAUCGCGCGGGAGCACGUGCGGCCGUUCGUGGAGCCCACGCCCGCGGGCUGCGAGCCGUUCCAGGCCAUCCGCGGCCGCGAAAACGACGUGAGCUACCAGUACGGCACGGCGGUGUGGCUCUACGUCCGCGGGCUGCGCGCGGCGCGCCGGCGCAUCCUCGUCGGCCACGACGAGGAGAAGAAGCGCACCUUCGUCCACGCCAUGGUCCUUCUCAUCACCGACCACCAGGGCUCCAACCACCACGUCCACCGCGCCAUCCUGUUCGAGCUCAUGUCCGUCGUGGAGUUCUGGCUCUCGCGCGAGGACCCGGAGGCCGGGUGCCUGUCCGCGAAGGAGGUCAUCGGGUUCCUGCAGCGCGUGGCGACGCUGGACCGGACGUACCACGUCUCGACGGCGCUGGAGAAGGAAUGGGAGAAGCACUUCUUGGCGCUGUUGUACCGGGUGAUGACGGACGACGCGAUUCCCAUGUCGGACGCGCUGCGCACCGAGGCGAUGAACAAGGUCGAGCGGACGUACAUGUGCGGGUUGAAGGCGCGGAACCCCGCGGUGCGGGCCAAGUUCUUCGCGAUUUAUGACAGGCUGGUGUCGCCAGACCUGUUUUCUCGACUGAGCUUCAUCGUGAGCCACCAGGACUGGGAGGCGCUCGCGUCGAGCUUCUGGCUCGUCAACGGACUCGAACUCCUCCUCUCCCGCCUCUGUCUGUCUGACCCAGUGACCAUUGUCCCCAACUCGGGGCUCCUCGCGCCGCUCAUCCCCGGCACGACUAUCGCGCAGCACCUCCCGCGGCACCAGCGCCAGCAGCAACAGCAGCAGCAGGCACAGCAGGCGCAGCAGGCGCAGGGCCAGCAGGGCACUGGCGCAACCGCGCAGCCGGCGGCGGCAGCAGCGCAGGACGGCGGCGCCGCAGAGGGCGACGCGCCGGCGGACGCGAAGCCCGACGGCGCCGCGCCGGCGUCGAAGGCCGAGGGCGCCGCGCCGGGCGUCGACGGCGACGGCGAUACCAGGAUGCAGGGCGAGGGUCCGCGCUCUCAGGCCGCAAACGCAAGCGGCGCCGGCGCCGCCGGGUCGGCGCAGCAGACGAGCGGCGAGGCGCCCGCGCCCGUGCCGCAGGGCCGCCCCGCGGCCGUCGCGCUGGAGGACCUCCCCCCUGACGUGAAGACGUCCCUCGAGGAGCACGCCGCGUUCCUCCAGGCGCAGUCCGGCGGGACGGUCCGCGACGUGAUGGACGCGCUGCGCGGGAUGGCGGUUGAGGACGCGUGCGUCGCGCACCACCUCUGGGUCCUGGUGUUCCCGAUCGUGUGGGCGUCGCUCUCCAAGGAGCAGCAAACGCAGCUUGCACGGCCCAUCAUGGCGCUGCUGUCCAAGGAGUACCACCAGCGGCAGGCCACCGCGCGCCCGAACGUCAUCCAGGCGCUCCUCGAGGGCAUCUCGCUGUCGCUCCCGCAACCGAAGAUCUCCGCCGAGCUCAUUCGCUUCCUCGGGAAGACCUUCAACGCGUGGCCGAUCGCGAUCAGCCUGCUCGAGGCGCAGAUCACGCUCUUCGCGAAGGAGGCGCGGUCCAUCGAGGCCCUCGCGGACCUCUACCGCGCGCUGUCGGACGAGGACCUGCUCCUGGGGAUGUGGCGGCGGCGCGCGCGCUGGCCCAACACCAAGCCCGCGCUGUCGCUGAUCCAGCUCGGGCUGUGGGACGACGCGCAGGAGCUGCUCGUGACCAACGUGCUGUCGUUCCAGCGCUCCAAGUGCGUCGUGCGCUACCAGCGCCGCAAGCCGGACGGCUCCGUCGGCGUGGAGACGCACCAGCCGUCCAAGGGCGAGCUGUGCCUGUGGAUCGAGCAGUGGGUCAACACGUGCCGGCAGCUCAACCAGUGGGACGCGCUGCGCGAGUUCGGCCAGGCCACGGACCAGGCCGCGAUCCUCCUCGACACUCUUUGGAAGAUGGGGUCGUGGGACAUGCUGCGGACCUAUCUGUCGCGGUCGUCGAUCGAGGACUCGCCCACGUCGAUGAUCGUGCGCGGGUACCUCAAGAUCGCGCACCCGCUCGCGCCGCAGUCGCUCCAGGGCGCGGAGCAGCUCAUCCAGCAGGCCCUGCACCAGAUCCUGGUCAAGUGGUGGCAGCUGCCGGAGGCCGGCAUCAACACGCACACGCCGCUCCUGCAGGUCUUCCAGCAGCUCGUCGAGCUCCUCGAAAGCAAGACGCUCCUCAAGGACCUCCUGGCCGUCCAGGGCAAGGGCGAGCCCGACAAGCCCGUCGACCUGAACGACCUCAAGGCCUCCCUCGACACGUGGACGCUGCGGCUGCCGAACGAGUGGGACAGCCUCCCGCACUGGAACGACGUGCUCAUGUGGCGCAACCACGUGUACAACCACGUCAUCUCGACGUUCGACCACCUGCAGCACCAGCCGCAGACGACGACGAUUCCGCAGAACGAGUCGUUCAAGAUGUCGACGCAGGGGUACCGCGACAAGGCGUGGACCGUCAACCGCCUCGCGAGCGUCGCGCGGAAGCAGUCGAGCGUCCGCGCGUGCGUAGACAUCGCAAACAACCUGUACAAGUACUCGACGAUGGAUGUGUACGAGGCCUACAUCAAGAUCCGCGAGCAGGCGCGCGCGCAGCUCUCGGACCCGCAGGAGGUCAUCACGGGCUACAACCUCAUCAGCUCGACGAACCUCGACUACUUCCACCCGGAGACCCAGGCCGAGCUCUUCCGCCUCAAGGCGCUGCUGCUGUGCCGCAUGAACGCCCCGAGCGAGGCGAUGCAGGCGUUCACGACCGCGAUGACGCUCAAUCCGCGCCUGCCCAACGGCUGGCUCACGUGGGGACAGUACUGCUACACCAUGUUCCUGCAAGGCAGUCAGGAGUGCGGCGGCACGACCAACUGGCUCAACUCCACGGUGGUGUGCCUGCUCUCGGCGCUCAAGGCCGGGACGCCCGGCGCGGCGCUGAUGGUUCCGCGCGUCCUGAAGCUGCUCUCCGCGCACUCGACGAUCGGGUCGUCGCUCCCGACGACGAUCCAGGGCGCGCCGACCACGCAGCAAGUGGUGCAGUUCGUGUCGCAGAUGACGGAGCAGUUCCUGCCGGAGAUCCCGGCGUGGGUGUGGCUGUCGUGGCUGCCGCAGAUCCUCGUCUCGCUGCACCUCCCCGAGGCGCAGCUGGCGCGGCGUAUUCUGAUGCACCUGGGCAAGGCGCACCCGCAGGCGACGUACUUGCCGACGCGGUCGCACCUGGUCGGGCUGCGCGAGGUGCUGAGCAAGAUGACGCGCGAGCGCAAGGAGACGAGCGGCGCGACGGGCGGGGCGUCCGCGGGCGGGGACGGCGGCGAGGACAGCGGCAGCGGCGGCACCGGGGACGGCGCGGGCGAAGCCGACUCGCUGCGGCAGCACCAGCAGGCGUUCGCGUACGGCAAGGAGGCUAUGGAGCUCGCGCGGUCGUGCCAGACGCAGAUCGCCACGCUCGAGUUUUUGGCGACGGAGAUCCCGACGCACUUCUCGCCGCUGCAACAGGAGCGGCUGCACAGCGUGGUGCACGCGCUGCUGCAGCGGUGCUACCGCAUCCAGCUGCCGGAGGACCAGGCGCCGCCGCAGAGCCUGCUGAACGAGAUCCACAAGGUCAUGUCGGCGACGUCGGUGGCGCUGUUCAGCACGUCGGCGGUGAACAUGCGGUACAAGCAGCAGUUCAUGCGGGACCUGGACCCGAUGUCGGAGCAGUUCCCGAAGACGCUGGGCGAGCUCACGUCGACGCUCAAGUCGUGGCAGAAGCUCAUGCUGCACAACAUCGAGAACUACAUUCCGCAGACCAUGCAGCUGCACACGGCGUCGCGGGGCCUGCAGGAGAUCAACCUGAUCGACCUGGAGCUGCCCGGGCGGCAGGCGCUCAUGGGCGACCCGGGCAAGGGGCGCGCGCCCACGGUGGCGCGCUUCGGGCAGGUGGUCGACGUGGUGCGGCGCAACGGCAGCAGCUACCGGCGGCUCACGGUGCACAUGACGGACGGCCGGAAGGUCCACCUCCUCGUGCAGCACUUCCCCAACGGCCUCACGGCCUCCUCGGAGGAGUACAUGCUCCAGGUGAUGAUGGUCAUCAACAGGCACCUGGAGUCGAUGCCGCAGGCGAGGAAGCGGCACCUGGGGUACCACAUCCCGAUCCAGGCGCCGAUCCAGCAGCACAUGCGGCUCAUCGAGGAUGACCCGAGCUUCUGCCUCUUCGGCGACGCGUACGACCUGCACUUCCUGCGGCGCGGGCUCGACUGCGACCAGACGAUCACGAGCUUCAAGAAGGUGCGGUUCGAGGCGGAGAAGGCGAUCGAGCAGCGCAAUGAGCAGCGGCCCGAGGCCGAGCGCGACGACGCGAGCACGCGCCGGCAGCAGGCGGAGCUCGCGGCCUUCAAGCGCGCGUCGCAGCUGGUCAACGAGAACAUCUUCGGGCAGUUCGUGUACAAGUGCCUGCCGAUCGCGUCGCAGAUGUACGUCUUCAAGCAGGCGCUCUGCGGCCAGAUGGCGCUGUCGUACCUGAUGUGCUUCAUGAUGAGCAUCGGACAGCGCACGCCGUACCGCAUCCUCAUCUCGUGCUCCUCGGGCCGCGUCCUCAACAUCGACUUCGCGCCGCAGUACGAGCGCGGCGUCGCGGAGCGCGAGCCCGUGCCCUUCCGGCUCACGAGGAACCUCCAGACCUUCUUCACAGUCUUCGGAAUGGAAGGCCCUCUCCUCGUGUCCCUGGUGCUCGCUGCAACCGCGGCGCUGCACCCGCGGUCCUGCCUGGACGACCUCCUGCACCUCGUGUACCGCGGCGACCUCAUCAACCAGACGAUGGAGCGCAUGACGCGGCCGCAGCAGUCGCGGCAAUCGGCGCGCGAGGGCGAGGCGCCGCCGGGCCCGCGGCGGCCCCGCGCGCUGCCGCUCGAGGAGAUCUCGCGCGUCGUGCAGAGCAACUGCUCGAGCUCGAUGAACCGGGCGCGCGGCAUCGCGCCGCAGCACCUGCUGCACCGGCUGGAGUCGAGCCAGGGGUGUCGGUCGACGCACGAGAUCGAACAGAACCUGAAGCCGGUGCCGCCGAGGGAGCCGCGGGAGGAGAACAACCAGCAGGACUUCUACACCGACCCGCACAAGCCGGCGUGGGACCUCGUGCGGCGCGCGCAGGACCCCACAUACCUGGCGCGCAUGGACCCCCCCUGGCACCCGUUCUUCUAG